GCUCUUGGUCACAAGAUCUUAUAUAAUUGGGAGACUUCCCUUAAUACUACAUGCACUAAAUCAAAAGGGAUGGAUCCAACCUUGUACAGAGCAGCUGUGGAAGGCAAUGUCCAGCUGAUGAAAACAGAUGUUGAAGUUGGCUGCCAAGUUACUCCACAAGGCAACACCAUUCUGCAUCUUGCAGCACUCUAUGGUCACUUUGAUUUGGCCCGAGAAGUUCUUACUGUUUCCCCAGCAUUACUAUGUCGUCAGAACAAGAAAAAUGAAACCGCACUUCACGUGGCAGCAAAGGAAGGGCACACAGAAGUAGUUCGCUUGUUACUAUCUGGUGCGGUAGGAGAGUCAAAGGAAACCCUUAUGAGGAUGACAGAUGACAAUGGUGAUACAACUUUGCACAAGGCCGUGAGGAAGCAACAUGUAGAUGUGGUCAGGGUCUUGGUGAAAGAAGAUCCUGAGUGUGAAUUUCCAGCAAACAAAGCUGGGGAGACACCACUUUAUCUUGCUGCGGAGUCUGGUUUUUAUGAUGCUUUGGUUGAAAUCUUGGAAUCCUGCAAGACACCAACUUAUGCUGGUCCAUGUCAUCGAACAGCUUUGCAUGCAGCAAUAAUUCAUAGACGAGAAGGUAACUUUUCAUCAUCAUGCGAAGAAGCUGACAAAUGGGGUUGGAAUUCACUUCACUAUGCUGUUAAACAAGGUCUGAAAGAAAUAGUUUCUGAUAUGCUAAGUUGGAAGACAUCCUUAGGCUACUGUCCAGCCGGCAGUGAGGAUGACUGGACGACCAUAUUUCACAUUGCAGCCCAUGAAUUAGGUUGUGUACUCAUGAUGAAAGAGAUAAUAAAGCACUGCCCAGAUUGUUGGGAAAUGCUAAACAGCAGCGGCAGAAAUGCUCUUCAUGUUGCCAUAUUGAACAAUAAUAGAAGGGUAGUUAAAUUCCUUUUGAAUUCUCCAGGCUAUAGUAAUCUAAUUGAUGCCACUGAUUGGGAUGGCAAUACUCCUCUCCAUUUGCUUGCUGCUUCUGGAUACCAUAUACGAGAAUUAAUAAACCAUCCCAGAGCAAAGAAGAUGGAAUUUAACAAAGAAAACCAGACUCCAUUGGAUUUAGCUGUGUCUUCGGCUAUCACAGGUUGGCCAGAAAAUAAGGGCUCACUGCUGAAGAAUUUGUUAAGAUUUGGUCAAUUCGGAGGACGUGACUUUGAGAUAAAACGGGAGGAAAAGCGAAUGCCAACGGCAGAAAAUGAAACGGAGACGAGGUGGGAGAAUUAUAAAGGAAGGAUCGAUAAUUAUAUGAAGGUAGCUCAGACUCAUCUAGUUGUGGCCACACUAAUAGCUGCAGUCACCUUCACAGCUGGUUUGACAUUGCCGGGAGGCUUCGAUAACAAUCCAGGUCCUAAUCAAGGGAUGGCACUUCUAAUAAGAAAAACGGUUUUCAAAGCAUUCGUUGUUACAAAUGCCAUUUCCUUUGUAUGCUCUUCUGGUGCUGUAUUCAGCUACAUCGCCAUGGCAGCAAUCGAUGCAUUUGCCAAGAAUCUCGCUGCUAUCACGUUGUUAUACCGACUCUCAACUUUUUGGCUGUUUUUUGCUUUGGCAGCAGUUAUGCUUGCAUUUGUAACUGGUACAUAUGCUACUUUAGCACAUUCCACUACUACUCUUGCCAUUGUUGUCUCUGCCCUCAGCAGCAUCUACUUUUUUAUGCUGUUUGUGUACAUGUCAGCCAUGAAAUACGGCCUCUAG